UUUAAAGUGGUUAUGUACUACACUUCGUCCGCGUAGUAUGUUACAAAGCCUGGACAACGUGGACGUCGAUCGACGGCAUGCCCUCAAUCAUGGUCACUGAUUAGCAUACCGGGUUCGUGUCAUUGCCGCGUGUGCUGUCCAGCCGGCUGGCUGCGUCAGCCUGCACAACGUGCCGUUCUGCAAAUGCGCAAGCACUCACGAUGACCUGAAGGGAUACUUAAACCCACGUACAACAGAAGGAGGCGAGUCAUUCAAGAAAACACAAGUCGUUAACCAUUCCCAAUCAUGCAACUCGUCUUGACAGGUGUCACUGGUGCUGCUGGUAUUCAGAUCUUUCGUCAAGCAGUAUUAGAUACAGCCAUCACGAAGAUCACAGUACUCUCUCGGCGGGCGCUCCCAUCAUGGAUGGAUAUCCCUGAAAAUGACAAGACAGAAGUCGUAGUUGUGAAAGAUUUCUUGGAUUACUCUAGUGAUCUUUCUGUUCGUCUGGCAGCGCAUGACGCCUGCGUUUGGGCACUGGGGAAGAGUUCAGUGGGCCUAUCAGACGAAGAGUACACCCGCCUCACAUACGACUACACCAUGCACUUUGUGAACUCCCUGCAAGAAGCAGGGAGGAAGGACAGAGCGGGAGAGCCGUUCAGAUUUGUUUUUGUUUCAGGGGAGGGCGCAGAUCCAUCUGGCAAGAGCAACAUCAAGUUCGCGAGAAUCAAGGGCAUGACUGAACAAGCUCUCUUUGAUCUCCCUCCGUCCUCAAACAUCAAAGCAUCUGUCAUGCGACCUGCUUACUUCUUCCCCUCCAAAGAUCACCCAUCAGAGCGAGAGAACAUUCGUUCACCGACAGCAAGGGCUAUGGAUUGCCUCCUAACGCCCAUUAUGAAGACCGUCCUGCCCUCCAUGUACACACCGGUUGAGGACCUCGGGCUUUUCGCCGUAGAGGCAGCCAAGGGCCGAUGGUCAGAUGAAAACUUAUUUCCAAAUUCAAAAAUGAGGGAGUAUUUAAAGGUGUUGCGCACUUCGAGUAACAUUUAGAAGACUACACACACAUCAUGUUCCACAUCAACCAUUACAUAGCUAGAGUUCCCUAUAGUACACGGAUAUACAUACUUAAUGGUAUACAUCGAGGACUUCGGAUUUCGAGUGA